AUGUCGGAGAGUCCACCCCCGACGCCUAAGAGAAGGAGACUGGAGGAAUCCACCGGUGGGGUCGACAAUGGCGAUGUACAGGAUGAAACGCCGAGGGCCAACAGCAGUUGGACAGGCCUACCUGGCGGUGUCCCCGAAGCCUCGGCAUCGCCCACGAAACGACAGAAUCGACGACGAGCGCAUCGCACCCAUACGGCUUCACCAAUACCUUCGCUCUCCUCCCAAUCCGAGUCGCAGUCUUACACGUCAGGGCGCUCAUCUCCCACGAAGAGGCUCGCUACCCUGGAGCUAAACCACGACGGCAUCGAGACGCGGGUGAUGUCGCUGACGAAUCCGCUUUUGCCAGAAACUCUGGCCGAGAUCCUCUCCGAACUCGAGUUCUGCAGCAACGGGCUCGGCGUCGUCUCCCGGUCAUGCAAGGAUGAGAUCCAAGCACAAGCCCAGGCCAACCGAUCCUUUUCCCUCUUCCGAGACUUCAUGUAUGCAGACCCGGAAACCCGCGACACACUUGGCCCUACACCCUCAGUUCCCGAUGUGAUGUGGAUCUUGGAAGAGGCUCGAGAAUGCCAGGACACAAUGCAAUCCGAGUCUGGCUGGAAUAUGGGCGUCCAUUUUCCGCUCCUGCACAAGGCCAUUUAUGGUCAACGGCGACAGAAACAAUUGGUCGGUGUAGCAGCUUGUACUACCGCAAAAAUCAUCAAGGAGUACCUCCCUUGUGAUUCCCCGGCCAAGAUGGUUGACUUUAGCAUCUACCUUGCCCCAGAUGCUGGCCCCUUAACUAAUGAGACCAAGGCCGCUGUCGAUGCCAUCAGCUCGCUGCGCCGAGUUCUGCCUUGUGGCGUCAUCAACCACACGGAUUUCUUCCCCCUCCGCAGCCGUUCCAUGGUCGUUAGUAUCGAAACCAAAAAAAGAGGCGGUGCGCAACAAGAAGCCGAGCUACAGAUAGGUACAUGGCACACUGCCCAGUGGAAGUUCCUGUCACGAUUGGUAUCAGACGCCGGGGGGACAUUCGACGGCUUACCCUUUUUACCGGGUAUUGUGGUACAGGGACAUGAGUGGAGCUUCGUGGCCACGACGAGAGAAGGGCCCAAGACAAUCCUAUGGCUGGAACAGGGAUUUGGCUCCACGACCACCGCGUUGGGUGUGUACAAGAUCGUCUGGGGGUUGCAACGGAUCGCUCGAUGGGCGGAGGACGUCUACUGGCCCUGGUUUAAGAAGAAUGCUCUGGGUGUUUAG